GUCGUCUUCUUCUUCCUCCUCCUCCUCAGAUCUCGCUCCGCUCAAAACCCAAAACCCUAAAAUGUUCCCGAAAGAGGUAAAACCCUAGAGAGCACCCCAAAACCCUAGCCUCGGAUCUCCGAUCCCCACCAAUGUCGUUGUAGCAGCGAUGAAGAAAUGGACGGGGGGCACCCUCAUCCUCUCCCUCGCCCUUCUCCUCGCCCUCCGCUACGCCCUCCUCCCCUUCUCCUCCUCCACCACCGCCACUCCUCGCCGGAGCCGCCGCCGCCGCCCCGCCCACCUCCUCUCCUCGCUCCCGGGGCUCGACGACCUGUUCCCGCCCCCUAAUUCGACCGUUGAGCCCCAAUUAGGUCACCAAUCAAAGCUGGUGUGGCGCCACAUGCGCCCCCUCCUCGCCCGCUCCGACGCCCUCCCCGCCACCGCCGACGGCGUCCGCGAGGGCGCCGCCGCGUACCUGGAGCUCGCCGCCGCCCUAAACUCUCAAACAAACCCUAGUGCCGAAUCGAGGGAGAGGAGUUGCCCCUUUUCCGUUACAGGAAACAGCAGCUCUCUUGCGAUCCCGUGCGGCCUCGUCGAGGACUCGGCGAUCACAUUGAUUGGCGUUCCGGUUGCCGGAAACGGCACCACUAGCAGGUUUCAGAUCGAGCUUGUCGGAUCUGGUUUCGGCGGCGGCGGCUCGGAUGCACCUAUAGUGCUCCAUUUCAAUGUGACCUUCGCCGGAGAUGAUCCCGCCAUUGCUCAGAAUUCGUGGACAGAAGCGCACGGAUGGGGAGAAUGGGAGCUAUGCCCUGCUCAUUCCUUGGCUUCUGCUAACACUACCAUUAAAGUUGAUGGGCUUGUUCGAUGCACUGAGCAAUUUGGUGAGAGUGCGAGUCCGGAGAAUGUAAAUGGGAGUCAAUCCGAUGAUGUCGGAAAGAGUUUGAAGAGAAGUGCUCAUUUAAGUGUUAGUUUUCCAUUUGCGGAAGGUCAUCCUUUUACCGCCACGUUGUGGGCUGGGUUGGAGGGGUUCCAUAUGACCGUGAAUGGGCGGCACGAGACGUCAUUUGCAUAUAGGGAGAGACUCGAACCCUGGUCAGUAAGUGAAGUGAGGGUAGCUGGUGAUGUGGAUCUGUUAUCCGUGCUGGCGAAUGGCCUCCCGGUUUCUGAAGAUCUCGAUUUAGUUGGUGACGUGGAGCUCCUAAAAGCUCCUCCGGUGCCGAAGAGAAGGGUCUUAUUGCUGGUUGGGGUUUUCUCAACUGGGAAUAAUUUUAAGCGGCGGAUGGCUCUGAGGAGGUCUUGGAUGCAAUAUGAAUCCAUUCGCUCAGGAGAUGUUGCUGUGAGAUUUCUCACUGGUCUUCAUAAGAAUAAACAGGUCAAUCUGGAACUAUGGCAAGAAGCUCAGAUAUAUGGUGAUAUCCAGCUUAUGCCUUUUGUUGACUAUUAUAGCUUGAUCACGUUAAAGACAGUUGCUGUUUGCAUACUUGGGACCAGAAUUCUUCCUGCAAAAUACAUCAUGAAAACAGAUGAUGAUGCUUUUGUCAGGAUCGACGAAGUUGUCUCUAUUCUCAAAAAAAGUGAUCCGCAUGGGCUCUUGUAUGGUCUCAUUUCGUUUCAGUCAUCACCACAUAGAGAUGAGGAUAGCAAAUGGUUUAUUAGUCCCGAGGAAUGGCCAAGCGAGUCUUAUCCACCUUGGGCUCAUGGUCCCGGCUACAUUAUCUCUAGAGAUAUUGCCAAGUUUAUCGUUCAGGGUCACCAAGAACGAACGCUCCAAUUGUUCAAACUCGAAGAUGUGGCGAUGGGAAUUUGGAUUCAAGAGUACAAGGAUAGCGGCGAAGAGGUGAACUACAUUAACGACGACCGUUUCCACAAUGCUGGAUGCGAACCCGAUUAUAUCCUCGCCCACUAUCAGAGUCCAAGGCUACUUUUAUGUCUCUGGGAGAAGCUACACAGAGAACACGAACCGAUAUGCUGUGAAUAGAAGUUACAGGGCAAGCGCCACCACCGGAAAAUCUCAAAAGACCUCCACAGACAGGAUCGCAGCGCUGAUAUGUUGUUGCCAACUCUCUUUCCUUGUUCUUUUCCUCUUCUUUUUUUUCUCUCUUUAGAGAGAGAAGCUUGUUGUUGUAACUUUAAUUGUAACAUAAUAGUUUAGUGUUUAUAGAGGCUCUUGUUGGUUCUGUAUCAUCAGUAUCUUUGAUUCCAUAUCACCUGCAUUUAUUGUGCUCAAAACUUUCCAAUGUGUUGUUAUUUUUUCUGUAAUCUUUGAUGAAAAUUGGAAUCAGAAAUUGGAUUGAGAUCAUCUUAUGGAA